AUGCAUUGUGACGAGCAGAGAUUCGAAGCCGUAGUGGACGUUAUCCAGAACUCAUCGUCGUCAGCAAUACUUCGCAGGGCGGUGCACAUGACGUCGGGAUGGCGUGACUUACGAUGCGGGGGCAAUGCAAUCCUUCCCUGGACCAGAUUAUGUAUUGUACAUCGAUGGCAGACUUGGCGUUGUGGUGCCUUCGGUGCCUCACCUGGGGUGACCAUCGCAGCCGGUCACAGCCCCGAUCACUUCAGUGCUGCGCGCCGCCUCCUGUCGACCCGCGAUCAUCUUCUGCGCAAUGACAUGGGUGCUGCUUGCAAGGGGGGAACAACGCGAAGGACGGGGAAAUGGUGCACGUAA